AUCGGUGGUCGUUUGUGUUACACACACGCAGAGAUACACACACAAGCAACCGGCGUUCCUUUUCUUCUUCUGUUCAUCGUUUUCGAGACAAUUUAUAUUCAACGGAAAAUCGAUUUGAUUUCUUCGGUGUUAUCUGAAUCAGAGAUCAAAUAUAUUUCAUCGAGAUGUAUAAUAAUAUAGGGAACCAGCCAGGGGUUCCGAGACCACCACAAAAUACUCUGCAGAGUCCAUUUGGGGAUGCGUUUUAUGGUGCGGGCUCGGGACUGAUCAGAGGUGGAUUGGGAGCUUAUGGGGAAAAAAUUUUAGGAUCGAGUUCGGAGUAUGUGCAGAGCAAUAUAAGUAGGUAUUUUUCCGAUCCCCAGUACUAUUUCCAAGUAAAUGAUCACUAUGUGAGGAACAAAUUGAAGGUUGUCCUUUUUCCUUUCCUGCACAGGGGGCAUUGGACAAGGAUUACUGAACCAGUUGGGGGUAGGUUGUCGUAUAAACCCCCAAUUUAUGAUAUAAAUGCUCCCGAUCUGUAUAUACCUUUGAUGGCAUUUGGUACCUAUAUUAUUCUUGCUGGUUUCUCACUGGGUCUUCACGGCAAGUUUAGCCCAGAAGCUCUGAACUGGUUGUUCGCCAAGGGAUUAGUUGGCUGGUUUUUGCAAGUUUCCCUGCUCAAAAUGUCGUUGUUUUCAUUAGGCAGUGGGGAGGCACCAUUACUGGAUAUUGUGGCAUAUGCCGGGUAUACCUUUGCAGGAAUAUGUUUGGCUGUUCUUGGAAAGAUGUUUUGGAGCUACUCGUACUACUUUUUGAUGCCAUGGACAUGCUUAUGCAUGGGAACUUUUUUAGUGAAGACAAUGAAGAGAGUUCUCUUUGCAGAGGUGAGGACAUACGACUCAAGCAGGCAUCACUACCUCCUGCUCUUCAUUGCUGUAGCUCAGUUCCCACUCUUUAUAUGGCUCGGCAAUGUGAGUCUAAAUUGGCUGUUCUAAGCUGUAGUUAACAACAUUUCAGUGUACAUGACUGUCACAAAAAAUGUUAAGCAGAUUGUUAGUUUAGUUUACAUGAUAAGUUGCAUAGUUUCUUACUUUCUUUCUGAUAGUUCUGGAAUUACAGUUUCAGUGCAAGUGGUGCAGUGCCGAGGUUGACUCGUAUCUGUAACCAUGGUACAUUUGUGCUGGAAAUGUAAAUUUGGUUUGUAACACAGUAAUCGUUUGUUGUC